CAAUACCUGUUCCUCCACUUAACUUAACCUUCUCCCAUAUACCUCAACACUCUAAUCUCUCAGUCUAAGGGUCAACGUACUCGUCUGAAAUGAUGGGUAUCUUCUCUUGGUUCUCAAAAAGCUCUCCACCAGAUUACGAAACCCUCUUAUCCCGUCUCGCCACUGAUAUAAACGAUGCUAAACAAUCUCUCGCCGAGAUAAGAUUGAGGGAAAGACGAAUGUCUUUAUUGAUCAACGCGUAUGGUAUUGGACUUUGGGUUUUAUGGUCGGGAUUAUGGUGGGUUAGAGGGUUACCACUGGGGUUGAUCGGUUUGAGGGGGGAUAAAGGGGAAGGGAGGUUGAUAGGUGUUGCUGGGAUGGCAGCUGGACCUCUUUUCAUAUGGCUUUUGAAUCGAUUAUUACAACUCUGGUUCACUCGUCAACGUAAUGCAGAAGAACUCCACCUACGUACCCUACUCGGUGAACAACGCAAACAUCUCGAAGCUAUUAAAAAAGCUACAAAUUUCGAUUCCACUCGAAAACUCAUCGAACAAUACGAAGGAGGUAGUCCUGGUCCUUCCUUACCGUCCACUCCGCAUAAUAGUAAUCCUUCCACUCCCCAAAAACAACAAACCGCUCAAGGUAGUCCUGGUCAGAACGGAUCUCCUAGAGGUGGUCUAGAGGGAACCCCAAAAGCUCCUGGACAUUUGGUAGGAAUAGGAGGGACUCCUUUGGUAGGACCAUCGGGACCGAUACCUUUACCUCCUGGUAUGACCGCUGAUCAAGCGACAAUGUUACAAAUGCAAAUGGCAGCCAUACAACCUGUCCUCCCUACACCAGAGAAGAAAUGGUAUGAUCGUGUGGUUGAUAGUAUCCUUGGUGAUGAUCCCUCUCAAUCGUCACAGAGCAAAUAUGCUCUUGUUUGCGGUGAAUGUUUCCGACAUAAUGGUCUGGUCGGGAGUCAAUACGAAUGGGAACGAUUACGAUGUAAUCAUCUCAAUCCACCACCUCUUUCCCGAUCCAAUCCAUCUUUAGCCCCCUCCGAUCUCAAAACCUCGACAGCUCCUACCACUCCGGUCGUCUCUCCUUCCCCUCUCAUGCGAACGCGAGGGACGCCUCGUGGGACACCGUUGCGAGAGAGAGGUACGACGAGGAGUUCAAAGUUGGGACAAGAAGUGUUUAAUGCUUCCGAGACAGAUGCAGAGGAGUAA